AUGACUUCCAAAGAAGAACCCAAGCCCUCCUCGGGGGAAGAACGGCGGCGGAGCCCUCUGGAUCACCUCCCACCGCCGGCCAACUCCAACAAGCCCCUCACCCCCUUCAGCAUCGAGGACAUCCUCAACAAGCCCUCGGUGCGGAGGAGUUACACCCUCUGCGGAACGGCCCACCUCCUCUCCGCCGCCGAGAAGCACCCCUCGGCCGGGCUGCCCCUCUCCGGCCGAGCGCUGCUCUCCCAGACCUCGCCCCUCUGCGCCCUGGAAGAGCUGGCCAGCAAGACCUUCAAGGGGCUGGAAGUCAGCGUGCUGCAGGCAGCCGAAGGCCGGGACGGGAUGACCAUCUUCGGGCAGCGGCAAACGCCGAAGAAGCGUCGGAAGUCGCGGACGGCCUUCACCAACCACCAGAUCUACGAGCUGGAGAAGCGGUUCCUCUACCAAAAAUACCUGUCGCCGGCGGACCGGGACCAGAUCGCCCAGCAGUUGGGGCUCACCAACGCCCAGGUCAUCACCUGGUUCCAGAACCGCCGCGCCAAGCUCAAGAGAGACCUGGAGGAGAUGAAGGCCGACGUGGAAUCCGCCAAAAAGCUGGGCCCCAACCCCGCCGUGGACAUCGUGGCCUUGGCCGAGCUGGAGCCCAGCGCCGAGGGAAGGGGCAAGACACGGCCCGGGUCCCCUCCGCCGCCCCCCGCCGCUGCCCGGGAGCCCGGCGCUCCGCCGCCGCCCCGCCCCGCCUCGCCCCCCACGGAGCGGCCCCGCAGCCGCCGGGACAGCGAGGAGGAGGAGGAGGAGGAGGAGGAGGACGUGGAGAUCGACGUGGAUGACUGA